AUGUCUCUCAUGUCACGCCUCUCUCGUCCCGCUCGGAUAUUCUCCUUGACGGCCUCGCUAUCGCCUUCAUCCACCCAAUCUUCGACUGCCCUUUACAACGGCUCUGUUCUGCGGCCUUCAAUACCAAUUGCCACGGCUGUGAGCCGUGCAUACUCCACAUCACUGUCACCCAAAUCGACAGCUUCUGCGGCCCCGAAAGAGAGCUCGAAGCCAAGCUCGCCUUUACCGUCCCGCUCCAAUGGCAACACUUCAUCCUCCUCUGCAGCCUCACAACCUGGUAUAGAGCAAGAGCAGCAAGUACAGGAGGAAAACACUUCCCAUGUGGACUGGACAAAAUCUUUCCACGGCCUUUCCGUUGAGCCCUUUUCGAAGGAUGCAGCGGACAUCCUUCUCGCACCGCUUGAAACAGACGAUGUGGAGAUCAAACCGGACGGUAUCAUAUAUUUGCCAGAAAUCAAGUAUAGACGGAUAUUGAACAAGGCAUUUGGUCCUGGUGGCUGGGGAUUGGCUCCUCGAGGUGAAACAAUCGUCACUGAAAAGGCUGUCACACGUGAAUAUGCUCUGCUUGCACACGGCAGAUUGGUGUCGAUAGCACGAGGAGAGCAAGACUACUUCAAUAAAGACGGAGUCCCCACGGCGUCUGAAGGCUGCAAAUCAAAUGCGAUGAUGAGGUGUUGUAAAGAUCUGGGGGUGGCAAGCGAACUUUGGGACCCCAGAUUCAUUCGAAAAUGGAAGGCUGCCAAUGCUCGCGAGGUCUUUGUUGAACAUCAAGGCACGAAGAGGAAGACCAAGAUCUGGCUCCGCAAGGGCGACCCAGUGUCAUACCCCUAUGCAGAACUCAAGAAGUGA